UAAUUUCUUCUGCUUCUCUCUACAUUUCCUCGCCCGGCCCCCUCUGAAUCUAUUGCUUGUCUGCCUACCCCUCUCCCUCUCCCUUUCAGUCUCGCUCUUUGAUCAUAAUGAAGGAGACCCUGGGAAACCCUCUUCAUCUAAAAUCUCUGAACCACAUCUCACUUAUCUGCAGAUCAGUUGAAGAGUCCAUUGCUUUUUACCAAAAUGUUCUUGGGUUUGUCCCAAUAAGAAGGCCUGGAUCUUUUGAUUUUGAUGGGGCAUGGUUAUUCGGGUAUGGAAUCGGAAUCCAUCUUUUGCAGUCUGAGGAGCCGGAAAAGAUGCCCAAGAAAACUGAGAUUAAUCCCAAAGAUAAUCACAUUUCUUUUCAGUGUGAGAGCAUGGGAGCCGUGGAGAAGAAGCUGAAGGAGAUGGAGCUGAAAUAUAAACGUUCGAUGGUGGAGGAAGGCGGUAUCCACGUCGAUCAGUUGUUCUUCCAUGACCCGGACGGCUUCAUGAUCGAAAUAUGCGACUGUGACAACCUCCCGGUGAUUCCUCUUGCCGGCGAGAUGGCUCGGUCAUGUUCUCUUGUAAACCUGCCGAUGUUGCAGCAUCAACAGCAGAUACGAGUCACCCAACAGUAGUCGGAUUCUUAGUGCCUAUACAAGCUAUAGCAGCACGUUGCUGCUAGUACUACUCCGUCUCCGGCCAGGCUCCACUUGUUUUGUGUGAAAUCUAUAAUAUCUGUGUUUUAAGUAUGAGUUUUUGUAAUAAAAUUUAGCUCCAUUCGAGUGC